AUGUCCUUGUCAACAAAAGAUGGCUCUUUGAAGCUGUUAACUUUCAAUCUUUGGGGCCUAAAAUACGUUUCUAAAUGCCGGACAGAGCGGAUCACCGCGUUCGCCAAGAAACUGCGCAGCCAGCCGGACUAUGACGUUGUUGCAUUGCAAGAGAUAUGGACAGACAGCGAUUGGGACAUCAUUGUCGAAACCUGUGGAGACGUUUAUCCGUACACCAGAAAGUUCUCGUCCGGGAUUCUCACUGGUCCGGGACUCGCAAUUCUGUCCAAAGUGCCCAUCAAGAGAACUUUCUUGUACAGAUUCCCUGUCAAUGGUACACCGGCCGCUUUUUAUAGAGGCGAUUGGUACGUUGGAAAAGCCGUUGCCAUCACGUUGCUCGAGCCGUUAUACGACGGAGCGUCGCCAAUUGCCCUGCUGAAUUCUCACAUGCAUGCCCCUUACGCCCUGACAGGCAGUUCUGCGUACGCGUGUGUGCGGGCUUGUCAGGCGUGGGAAAUCGCGUCCAUAGUGCAGACGUUCACCGAGGCGGGCUAUGCGGUGAUUCUCGUGGGAGACCUCAACUCCCGCCCCGGAUCGUUGCCGUACAGAAUUUUGGAGUCCGAAGCGUGUUUGACAGACAGUUGGGAAGAGAUCCACGGUGCUACCAUUUUGGAAAAGCUGAAACAAAUGACUCCAGAAGACCAGAUCCUACUCGGAGGAGCAACCUGUGACUCCACUCUUAAUACCUGGAGAGCAGACAGACGUCCUGACGAGGCGUGUCGUCUGGAUUACGCUCUCAUCGAUAGAACAAAACUGCGAGUCGUUGACGCUUCUGUACAGUUCACCGACAAGAUCCCGGGAAUAGGGUCGUACUCAGAUCAUUUUGCCUACACGGCUACCAUGAAUGUGCUUCCUAGAUCGCUGAAAACCCCUGGCUACCCAGACAGGGCCGUCAGACUUGGUGUUUACCAGGAACUGUCUGAUCUUGUUGCAGAGUACUUACGAAGCAACAACUACUGGCGCAGCUGGCUACGAAUUGCGCACUUCUGGGUUUCUGUGUGGAUAUUCAUCGGGUGUCUCGCGGUGAUUGUUGUUGUUUCGUUUGUUGCUCCGUGGUCCUCGAUUUUGUUCAUGUUACUGGGCUCUCUAUCGCUUGCUACCGGUCUACUUGACGGACAAAUAGGAUUCCUUUUCGGCAGAAACGAACGCAGAGCGUUGCAGGAAGUGAUACUACAAGUGAAGGACGCGACCAAUGUGCUUCAAAAUUGA